AAUGCGGAUAACUCAAUCGGCUCAAAUCUGUUUGUCAGUCAUCAAAAAGAGUCAGAAAACCGGAUUUGGUCCAAACAGGCUUCAAAGAAAGGGAACACAUUUUGUAGGAACCGAACCACCAGUUCUGAAAUAUCAUAUUCUUCAAGACAAAAAACCAAAUGAGGAAUACGGUCUGCAAGGAACCAACCACGAGCUUCCCGGAACUGGAAAAGUGCAUAGUAAGCUACCAACUAAGGUUCACAUGAAAAAGGAUAAAGUUUACGCAUGGUGCAGUUGUGGAUAUAGUGGAUCGCAACCACUCUGCGAUGGAUCCCACAAUUCAAUUCGAAUUCCCGAUCUUAAAUUGAAACCAGUACGAUUUAUUCCUGAUAAGGACAUGACGGUGUGGCUAUGCAAUUGCAAGCAAACAAAUAAUCGACCAUUCUGUGAUGGAUCACACAAAACCGUAACGGACGAGGACAAGAAAGCUGGACUUUUCGAUUAAUUAUGACCAACUCCAUAUAGUUUUAGGUCUUUACUAUUAUUGUGUUUUUGUUGAAUUAGGCUAUUCAGAUAUCCCCUGUUUUCAUAGCUUUGUUUGGUUUCGUAUCUAGUUUAAUCCCCCACACCGAUCAUUCUUUUGUACUUUUCUUUGUUUCCUUACAGGUUUUGUGUCUUUAAUCCCAUCUCAAAUUCCCAUCAGGUUUGAGAAGGAAGAAAAAAAAAAUUAAAAGUUA